AUGGGUUUAAAUUCCACAGACAAGUGCCUAUGGUUCAUGCUUGAAGUUUUAAUGACAAAGAAUGAAAACAAUAGCCAUGCAUUUAUGAAGAAGAUGGCAGAGAACAUCAAGUUAACCAGAGAUGCUCAAUCUCCAGAUGAAUCCAAAACAAAUGAAAAACUUUAUACAGUAUGUGAUGUGGCUCUCUGUGUUAUAAACAGUAAAAGUGCUUUGUGCAAUGCAGAUUCACCAAAAGAACCAGUCCUUCCAAUGAAAUUUUUUACACAACCUGAAAAGGACUUCUGUAAUGACAAGAGUUACAUUUCAGAAGAGACAAGAGUACUUCUGUUAACUGGAAAGCCAAAGCCAACUGGAGUACUUGGUACAGUAAAUAAACCUUUAUCUGCAACCGGAAGGAAGCCUUAUGUUAGAAGUGCUGGGACUGAGACUGGAAGCAACAUUAAUGUAAACUCAGAAAUGAAUCCUUCACCCGGAAAUCGUUCAAGGGAGCAGAGUUCAGAGGCAGCAGAAACCGGAGUUAGUGAGAAUGAGGAAAACCCUGUGAGAAUUAUUUCUGUCGCUCCUGUAAAGAAUAUUGACCCUGUUAAGAAUAAGGAAAUCAAUUCUGAUCAAGCUACCCCAGGCAACAUCAGUGGUGACCGAGGAAAGAAAAAAACAGUAACAGCAGCCGGCACAGAAAAUGUCCAACAAAAAUCAGAUGAAAAAGUAGAUGAAUCGGGAGCUCCUGCCCCUUCCAAACCCAGGAGAGGACGCCGACCCAAGUCUGAAUCUCAGGGCAAUGUAACCAAAAACGAUGAUAUAAGCAAACCCAUUAGCAAGGGAAGGAAAAGAAUUAUUAUCACUCACGACAGUCCUGGGGAAGCAGGAAAUGCCAAAGUGCCCAAGCUGCAAGAUGUGGCCAAAAAGGCAACACCAACAGAGAGACAAAUUGACCUACAGAGGUAAAAAGAAAAAUCACUUGCAAAGGGAGAGAAUGAAGGCCAAACAGAAGCGGAUUCCAGCUUCUGCAAAAACAUGGAUUCAGAAACGUCUCUGAGCAGAAAACGGAGUUCACUUCAAAACACUUUCUGCCUUGAAAACUGAAACUAUGACUUCCUUUUUACAUGACCAGAGUCCUUUGAUGGAAAUGUACAGCAGAAACUUGAAAGAGAAGCUAAAGCAACUCUGUUUCCCCUUUCCCCAGACUUUUCCUAUGAAAAGUCAAUAAUUAAGCAAAUUGCUUAACACUUGGUUCCAGUUCCUACAUAUCUGGAGUUUAAAUGCAUAAUACACCAUUAAUUUCCAUGCUGCGUUUUCUAUUUUAAAGUAUAACAACAAGAUGUCUUUACACUGACACUGAAUAUUCAUUCUAGAGCCAGGAUUUCCCAUGUUACCCAAGAAAAAAAUUGAAGUCUACUGAAUUAAUUUUUUUAGAAGAAAAAAGAUUACGUAUUUCUUUUGUUUUC